AUGGAGAAUAUCACACCCAUUGCAGUAACCCCUGUUGCUAUGGUUGUUCCAUCUGUGGCGUCGACUGGUGAUCCUACAGUGGCUCCUACAGUCGAGUCUGCAAUGCCUAAUCCCUGUCGUGACAUUGUCCUCUACCAGUCGGAGGUUGGUGGUUCUUCACAUUCCCCAAGUUCAGAGUCGACCCCGUCUCCCCCCUCACCUCAGGUCAGUCAGAAACCUCGUACGUUUCUAGGUAAGGCUCCUCCUAUCUCUAAAAAGGUUCGACCUUCACUGUCAUCUCCUUCCCCACCUGUGUUGAAACGCGUCACUCGUUCUUCGUCGACUCACCAGUCUCCCUCGAAACCUGUAGGCCCUCCUCGUCCUCCAUCUAAGGUCUCUAUUCCUACCCCAACCAGUGAACGUGUUCAACCCAAACGAAAAUCCUCAUCUGACACCACGUAUCAUCCACCUGACAAGAAAUCCAAGAAAAAACCCACUCCAGUUGCCUCUACAGAGUCAUCUCCCAAACGGUCGUCUAGAGGUUCUAAAAAGUCCAAACUUCCCAAAGCACCUAUUGUUGGUCGUGAGCUUUGGUUCGAACAAGUGGUAAUAUUAGAUGAUUUUCCUGAACUGCAUGAGUUUUUAAAACUUAGGAAAUGGGUCAACACGGUCACUAACUUGUCUGCUCCUUAUCCCAUAUUAGUUCGAGAAUUCUAUGCCAAUCUUGAUAGAACUGUUAUUGCUGAGGGUCAUCCAGGGUGUGUGAGUGCCUUUGUUAGGGGUCAUAGAGUUCCUUUUGGUCCAUCCACUAUUGCGUCUUUAUUGCAAGUUGAGUCCAUCAGGAAACCAACAUAUGGGAAACACUUCAAUCCAGAUCAAUCUUUGAUGGGUCGAGUGCUAACUGGCAGGGAUGACUAUAUUUGGGACAAACAGGAAAUUCUAGUCACUCAUCUGACUCCAUUCUAUAGGGUUCUUCAUCGGGUAGCCUUGUACAAUUGGUUUCCUAAUUCUCAUUUGUCUGCUGUUACACUUGAGAUUGGCAAGUUCUUGUAUGUUGCAGGCACUAAUGUGUCCAUUGAUCUGCCCUCGCUCAUUUUUGAACGGGUACUGGAAGCCUCAGAAACUACUGGCACUCGUAACAAGCUACCAUUUCCAAGUUUAGUUCAACGAGUUCUUAUGGAUGCUCACCCUCCUCUCACAACACAUGAUUAUCAAGUUCAGAAUCCGGUUCUCAGUAAGAGCUUUCUCUCGGUGGUCAAUAGGAAGCCUUCUUCAACCACUCCCUCUGGAACCAAAGUGAGUAAAGGCAAGUCUCCUAUGUUCAAAGGGCUUUCGGAUUCCAGCUGGCAGGUACAAAUAUUUUCUGAGUUUCAAUCUUUUGCCAAACGCUAUAAGAAGGAUCAAAAGCGUCAGCUUGCCUUUGAGGCCUCCAUGUAUCAAAUGGUUCGCUCUAUCAAGUCCACUCUUUUGCACCAUUUUCCUGGGGAUUCUCUCCCUGACAUCUCUCUGCCUGAGUUUCAUCAUGAUUCGUUUGGUGCAUCAUCAGACACGUCUGGAAAUAAUGCACAUAUGCAGGGGGAGCCUUCAGCCUUUGAUCCUGUCACCAGUUCAGCACAACCUGAUCUAGAUCCUCCAGCUGACUCUACAACACCCUUUGUGUCAACUGGACCACCUUCCCAGGGGGAGUCUGGCACAGCACAGGAACCCACAGAUCAUAUUCAAUGA